UUCUUUUUUCUUUAUUGUAGACAAUGACAACUCAUUAGGAAUACUUCUUGAGAAUCAACAAAAAGAAGUCGAAAAAACAAGUGAAGUUAUAAAUGUCACCGAUAUGAGUCUAGUGUCAAAUUCAGAUUUGACAGCCAAUUUACUUUUAUUAUCAAACAAAACAAAAAGAUCCUUCAAAGAAAUUGGAGAAAUGAUAGAAACAAUGUCGAUUAGAACAAAUACCUCAAUCUAUGAAAUAGGAAACAUGGUUGAAGCAUCAUUUAACCAAUUACAAUCAUCUUCAGAGGACAUAGCAAACACAAUGCAAAUAUUUUCUAACCAUACAAAAAUGUCGAAUUCAGAUGUGAGGGACUUAAUAAAAGAAGAAGCCAAUAAAACCAAAACAUACUUAGAAGACAUGGUGAAAGAUUUAUUUAAAAAUCUUGAAGACAAAUUGAUAGCUGUCAUCGAAAGGAGAAAUGGGGGUGGCUGUGUAAAUAACAGUUUAAACGUCACUACCGGUGAAUGCGUAGACAGCUGUUUGAGAGUCGAUAACGGGGAUUACCAGUCGUGUCACACUUGUCACGGCUACGUGACGUGUGCAAAUAAUUAUAUAUACCAUAGAAAUUGUUCCCAGCCUCAUCAUGUUUGGGAUGAUAGUAAACAUCAUUGUUCAGAGCAAAGUACAACAUGCAACCCAUCUGACUUCUCGUGAUACAAAUAAUGUAUUUUAUUUUAUUACCAGAUCAUGACCAUUUCUCUGUCUCGAUCAUGAUAUAGAAACUAAAUAAGCCGUCAUUAAUAUAACAAGCCAUUUUUAUCUUGCAUUAGUAUAAAAGUGUACGUAUAUUUAUGAGAUAUACAAAUGUAUACCUGAUUAUAUGAAUAACUUUUUUUCUUUGGUGACCGUCGUUAAGAUAUAGUUCUUAUUGUUACAGUAAAAAAUUACCUUUUUUUAUAUGGUACGAGAUGGAAAGCAUCGUACUCAUACUUCAAAAAUUCCUUUCAUAGUAUUAUGAACGUGUUUUCAUUCGAAAUCACUUCUGAUUUUUUUUUUUUGGUUUGUACAUAUUGGUUGUUAAAGAAAAUUCUUAAUAAAAUUUGACACUUAUACAAUGCAAAUUACUAAUUUUUCAGGGCUGCUGGAUAAUUACUGAAAUUUCGUAUCGCGACUGCGAUACGUAAAGUACAAUAUUUUCAACAAAAAUUUAUAGGGUUUCUUAUAAUAUUAACUCUAAUAUACUUACAGAAUGUACAUAUUAAAUAUAAUAUGCAAUCAUAUGCAAUGAAAUAAAUAUUUUGUUGAUUCAAUUACAGGUAUACACUUAAAUACACAUACAUGUAUACACCAGCUUCAUUAUAUUUAGUGUUUGGCUUAAUCAAAAUAUAAUAUUUUUUAUCCAUGUAUUUUAAUGCUAUAAUUCUAUGC